AUGCCGCCUCCCAUGAGGCCUCAUCCGCAAUAUCAGCCCUUUUACCAACAGCACAUGGCCCCCAUGAUGCCACAAUACCCCCAGCACUAUCCACCGAACUGGUAUGGAUAUCAACAACCCCACAUGCAUCCUAUGCAUGGGAGGCCGCCAUAUUAUGCUCAGCUCCCUGUACCGCCGCCGCAGUAUCCCCCUGCGGCCCCCCCUCCUCAUCACGGGCCUCUGGUUGUCUCCUCCCAGCCGCACGUGCAGCCUACACCUCGACACCUUCCAGGCCCAGCGCCCGUACCGCCGCAACCAACGUCGACCGCCCCUUCUAUUACCUCAAACCCGGUUCAAACGCCGCCUUCUCCUCCGCUGAGCACCUCGAGCACCGUGAAUACAAGAAAGGAUAACAUUUCACCGGCGAUAUCUCCCGCCCCCCAGCGGGUUCAAAGCCCGUCCGCUGAUACCCUCAGCGAACCCUUUUACCCUCCAGUCCCUUGGCUGUCUGUCGAAGGCGAGGCCUUCCCACCACGAGCUCCUCGGCAGAGACGGCGGAUUCCUCGUUCCCUUGCCGCGGAACCGAAGGUCUAUCCUUUGGUAGAACCUUCCCCCGAAGAGCCGACUGCUCCAGCGGCCACUACCAAAGAAGAACCAGGACAGGAGCAAUUGGAGGUUGAGACACAAGCGGAGGAUGAGACCGCAGAUACAUCUGCAGAACAACCUGUGACACAAGCAUCGACGCCCUUGCCAUCGGAUGCUCCAUCGGAAGUCGCUUCCACCCAACCAACAACCCCCUCUUCUGCCGUUCAUGCGCCCUUGCCAAAAUCCCAGCAAACCCCGACUCAACCAAAAGCCAGGCCCGUUAGUCCCGUCCUACCAGCCGUCCCAGUCCUGCCAUCUAGCCCUUCCGCAGCGCGCGCAAGCCACCGUGAUUCAAUCGUCUCAACACAGUCAAAGUCAUCCGAAUCAGCACAACCCUCUGUAGAGACUAAGGAGCCCGAAAUCACCUUAUCAGAGGCUUCGGAGACGAAGUCCAUUUCUGAAGCUGCCGCGCCUACCGUUUCGCCUCCAGCUGCGCCAAAAUCAUGGGCCAAUCUUUUCAAGUCAAAUGAUGUGCACAGUGGCCUGUCCACGGCCUUACCUUCCAAGGCGGCCUCGACCAUCUCGGGAACCGCAAAGAGUGAGACCCUGUCUGAUGUGCUGAACGACAUGAACUCGAUCGCCGAGGCACCAACUAAGAUUUCUUUCCUCAAGCCGCGUGGACUUGUUAAUACAGGUAACAUGUGCUACAUGAACUCUGUGUUGCAAGUACUUGUUUUCUGCUUGCCGUUCUAUGAUUUUAUAGCAAAGCUGGCUGACAGAGCCCCACACACAUUCAAGAGCGACACCCCUCUCGUCGAUGCAAUUAUCAUGUUUGUACGAGAAUACCCCAUCAUCUGCUCUGCGAGCUCCGUGGAUCAGCUCCGCCUGCGCUUGAAGCCAGAUGAUUAUGAGAACUAUGGCGACUCUUUCAUUCCAGAGUACGUUUAUGCUGCAAUUAAAGACCUGCCACGCUUUCGAGAAAUGAGGAGGGGCCAUCAACAGGAUGCUCAAGAAUUCCUUGGCUUCUUGCUGGAAGAGCUUCAUGAAGAAUGUGCUCGCGCCAUGCGAUCUACAACAGCUUCAAGUUCCGGCCGAACGACGCCUGUUGGCAGCGUUUCCAAUGCUUCCGAGCACGCUGAUGGUGAGAAUGGCUGGAUGGAGGUGGGCCACAAGCAGAAGCCUGCCGUCACCCGAUCUUCAGGAAUGAUUGCGGCAGAGUCUCCUGUAACCAACAUCUUUGGUGGGAAACUUCGAUCCGAGUUGAAGGUCUCCGGGAACAAGUUGUCUGUCACCUUGGAACCGUACUCCCCGUUACAGCUUGAUAUCGGCUCUCCUCAAGUAAACAACAUUAUCGACGCUUUGAAAGGACUCACGAGACCGGAAAGCAUGCAAGGUGAUUUUUACACUCCGAGAGGAGUAAAAGCCACUGCGACAAAGCAAGUUUUCAUUGAAACUCUACCACCGGUCCUGAUCCUCCACCUCAAACGAUUCCAUUAUGAUAGCACCACGAAACGUGCGGAGAAGAUUUGGAAACGAGUCGGCUACCCUCUGGAACUGGAAAUCCCCAAGGAAGUAUUCCCUCUGCAGGUGCGGAACAAGUACACGGCUCACGGCGGCCUCCCUAAAUACCGUCUUACCGGUGUUAUCUACCACCAUGGCAAGAACGCUAACGGCGGCCACUACACGGUUGAUAUCCGCCGCCAAGAUGGUCGUGAAUGGAUUCGUAUGGACGACACAAUACUUCGUCGCAUCAGGGCUGAAGAAGUGGCGGAGGGCGGCAGCGAAGAAGAUCCGAAGGUCCUUGCUGCGGCUCUGGAACGCCACACCGCCAGCGGCAACCGCUUCGAACAAUUUGAUCAAGGAGCUGAUGAAGAUGACGCCUCCGAUAAAACAUGGAACCAGGUCAACGGGCAUUCGAGAUCGAAAUCAACGAUGAGCGCCGUGGUCAAUGGCAUUUCCACACCGAAAGAUUCAUCCGGGAAACAGACGCCAAACCCCAAGUACGCCGUCAAAGACAACAAAGUUGCCUAUCUCCUGUUUUACCAACGGAUCUCCAAUUAA